UUUCACAACGGUUUUAGCAGGGGCAUAGGGUGGGGGAUCGCGGUGCCGAUUACGGGCCCUUGAGUUGCAAAGCUGGUCGUGAUUUGGAUCUUAUGUUAGGUUUAUAUGGUCAGAAAAGCACUUGAAGCGCGGCACACCACAUUGUGCCAAGCAGCAACUGGAAGGUAGCUGAGAGGUUACGAAGAGUGGGCGCUAGAGCGAUGCCCACCAACAAGGAGGAAUCUGACGGCGAGAUGGAGCAAGAGGAAAGCAGUGGCAGUGACUCCGGCUCGUCGCACGGCUCCGACACUGACACGUCCGACCUCGACCUAGACCAGUGCCUGGUGCGCAAGGAUGAGUGCCUUGACCACCUGUACGAGCUGGAGCAACAGUUCGCCGCCAUGAAGGAGCAGCUAUUCUCGGAGAAGCUGGCGCUGCUGGAUGACCGGCUGACGGCAGUGCGCGCCGGCACGGCGGUCGAGUUCCUGACGCCGUUGCGCCAGCUGGAGGAGGCGCACCGCACGCGCCAGGAGGUGACGCUCCUGCUGAAACGUUACCGGCUGGCCAACGCCCAGCACCGCUACGACUCGGAGAUGCUGGCUGCUGAGCAAAACUGGCGCAGCAGCAAGGGCAUGCUGUACGACCAGGUGCGCCAGGAGCUGGAGGAGCGCGCGCGCCGCCUGGAGGAGGACCGCCGCCACGUGGACAUUGCCUCUGACCUGUGGGUAGAAGAGCGCGCGCGCCGGCGCGGUCGGCGUGCCAGCCAGGCGGACGACGGCAGCCGCAAGAAGCGCCCCGUCACGGUCACCGGGCCCUACAUCGUCUACAUGCUCUCCGACAGCGACGUGCUGGAGGACUGGGCGGCCAUCAAGAAGGCGCUCACCGUCACCAAGCGAAAGGCGGACGUCAAGAUACUGCGUGACGUGAACGCCCUCUGGGGCUGCUGAGUGUUGGUGUGACGUCACACGGCGUCGGCCGCGUCCUGGCCGUCCGGCCCGCGGAUGUGUGGCAGGUUCUGGAGCUCGUAAUCUGUUCGGUGGCCGCUUGGUUCAGGGCCGGGCGGCGGCAUGCGCUCUGUGAGGUCAUACCGCUCCGGCUCCGGUGAUCGGGCGGGCGCUGUCGGAGCUGUGGAGGCCUGCGGUGGAAGUCUGUCUUGUCCCUGACGCUCAGGCGCCUGCGCGGGCUCCCGUGUCGUUCCCCUUUCCGGUGAUUUUUGGAGAGCUCGGGCGCUGCGGAUGUCAGUCGGCGCUGGGCGGGGCCGGUAGGGGUGCUGAGUGGGCGCCUCGGAGCUCAGUGCGUGCGUGUUGACCCGGUUCGAGGGCGGUCCCCGCCGACGCAGUGUGAUGGGUGAUGCUGACUCCCAGUCCUGUGGGGGUUCGGUGAUAGUGCUACAUGUAGAUCAGUUUGUGUGGGACUCAACGUGAUCGGAGUUCGGCUUCCUUUUGUUUUUCCUCAUUGUACUGCUGCUUUUGCGAUACAAGUUGUGUUCGUAUGUACGUUUGUCUGUGGGGCCCGAGUCAACGUGAGCAGCGUUUUUUAAUAUAUCGCUAAUGCACCAGUGUC